AAACAGGUGGUUUGUGUACGAACUGUGCACCGUAUCGGCGCCAACAAAAGAUUCAGUUUCGGGUUCUUUCACGACGAGCAAAUAAUUAACGACCGAACACCAUGUGUGACGACGACGUUGCCGCCCUUGUAAUCGACAAUGGCUCCGGUAUGUGCAAGGCCGGAUUCGCCGGAGAUGACGCCCCAAGGGCCGUCUUCCCCUCCAUCGUUGGAAGACCGCGCCACCAGGGUGUGAUGGUUGGUAUGGGACAGAAGGACAGCUACGUCGGAGAUGAAGCCCAGAGCAAGAGAGGUAUCCUGACCCUGAAGUACCCCAUCGAGCACGGUAUCGUCACUAACUGGGACGAUAUGGAGAAGAUCUGGCAUCACACCUUCUACAACGAGCUGCGAGUGGCCCCAGAGGAACACCCCGUGCUGCUGACUGAAGCCCCCCUGAACCCCAAGGCCAACAGGGAAAAGAUGACACAGAUCAUGUUCGAGACCUUCAACACACCCGCCAUGUACGUGGCCAUCCAGGCUGUGCUGUCUCUCUACGCCUCAGGUCGUACCACUGGGAUCGUGUUUGACUCUGGUGAUGGUGUGUCCCACACUGUGCCCAUCUAUGAGGGUUACGCCCUGCCCCACGCCAUCCUCCGUCUGGACUUGGCCGGCCGUGACUUGACCGACUACCUGAUGAAGAUCCUCACAGAGCGUGGCUACUCUUUCACCACAACUGCCGAGCGUGAAAUUGUGCGUGACAUCAAGGAGAAGCUCUGCUACGUUGCUCUGGACUUCGAGCAGGAGAUGAACACCGCGGCUUCCAGCUCCUCCCUGGAGAAGAGCUACGAGCUCCCUGACGGACAGGUCAUCACCAUCGGCAACGAGCGUUUCCGUUCUCCCGAGGCCAUGUUCCAGCCCGCGUUUCUGGGAAUGGAGAGUGCUGGCAUCCACGAGACCACGUACAACAGCAUCAUGAAGUGCGACGUGGACAUCCGUAAGGAUCUGUACGCCAACACCGUGCUGUCUGGUGGCUCCACCAUGUUCCCCGGCAUCGCCGACAGAAUGCAGAAGGAGGUGACGGCCCUGGCCCCGCCCACCAUGAAGAUCAAGAUCAUCGCUCCCCCAGAGAGGAAGUACUCCGUAUGGAUCGGUGGCUCCAUCCUUGCCUCUCUGUCCACCUUCCAGCAGAUGUGGAUCAGCAAGCAGGAGUACGAUGAGUCUGGCCCCAGCAUCGUGCACCGCAAGUGCUUCUAAAAAGUGAACUUUGAAAUACAAACUCACCUUAACGCCUCCCAGAUACUCGAUCUCCUGGAAAACAUUAAGACUGUAUAAAUUAACUUUCAUUAUACGCGAGAUGAGGUAUCACUUUUGCUUCCAUAUCUUACAACUUGUCUGUCGUUUACUAUUGUACCUAUUAACAAGUUCUGCCCGCAGAGCCUACCUUUCUUGUCUAUGCAACUGUGCAUGUGGAACUGAUCCGAUUCGUCACACAAACAUUGAGAAGGCUUCCUGGAUCACGUUGUAGCAUGGAGCCUGCUUUUUUUUUUAUCAGAGCCAUCAACCAAAGUCGUUAAUUUGGUUAGGAGGUUGAACUCAUAAUAUUGAAGUUCGUUGAAUUGCCUGCUUUCGUAUUCGAACCGUUAGUAUUCGUCUGAAGAUGAAAACCUAUAUACGUCGUGUCUAAUAUCUUUUGUAUGGCAACAUAUUUUUGGGGGUAAAUAUUCAACUAGUAUACCUUAAAAUGUAUGGUUUCUUUCUUGGCUUGUCGAUUCGCAAAAAAAAUAUACAAAAGUACAUUUUACUACAGUAUUUUAAACUUGCUCUAUAUUAAAAAAUAAAAAAAGUGAAAUGAAA